GAUUAAACAAAAUCAAACGAAACCUUAAACCUCUACAUGGUCAGUCAGGCAGAGAUGCAGGAGGCGGAGCAGCACAAGGGAAAUGGCGGCAACCACUGCCGGACCCUCAUGCCCGACACCCACUUCUUAUGGGCCGGAGCCGGCGCGGCCCAGUUCGCCUCCGCCGUAGUCCUCUACCGGAAAGGAUCCGGUCCCCGCUCCACUUCCAUGCCUUUCAGGGCUUGCGCUAUCGCUUCCCUCAUCGUCGGCGCCGGCGCCACCGCCGCCUUCGCUGGCAUCCGUGCUUCUGGUAUCCACAAGGUGGAUGACUUAAUUCAGUUGCGUGCAAACAUAAGAACCGGCCUGGGGGUACAACGGAGGGCAAAGCAUUGAUUACUUUAUAUUUGGGUGUAAAAUCUUUAGGAUUCGGAUUCUAUUUUAUCAGACGAACUGGCUGGACUUCCGGUUUGGUUCUUUUUUCUUGGUUUUAUUCUUCCUCCCUUCACUCUUACCCCAUCAAAACAUUUCAUCAUCUUAGCACUCAGGUUUUGACUGUUUGAGUGUUUAUACUUUGCAAUUUAUUUCAAAGACAGGUGAUAUGGUCUGUGCAAUGAUUUGUAGGACAUGGCAUGUCCAUAGAAAUAAUUUUAUAUAAAAAAUGAGAAUGAACUUAGUUUAGUGUU